AUGACAAACGACAAAGCAGAGGGAGCAUUGCAGACAUCGUUCGCUGAGGAUUAUGGGAAAUUCAACAAAGUCCUCUUUUACGACGACUCCAAUACCGUUCAAUUAUACGAAAAGAAAACACUGAUUUCUGAGCAAACCUCAUCGACAGCAAAAUCUCCGCAAAGCCAUAUGCUAACGAGAUUGAGGCGGCCUUCUGCAUACACCACAGUUAGGGAACUCUAUGCAGUCAAAGUGUUUCGCCACAGUCAAACCAAGGUAUUUCCGCUGCCUAGUUCGCUCCGAAAUCAAAGUCUAGCCGCCUCACUAUGUCACCCUAAUAUUGUCCCAAUCAUCGACAUUCUCUAUAAUAAGCAAACAAAUCUCUGUCUUGUCAUGCCUUAUUAUGCUGGCGGCAAUCUGCACUCUUUUCUCUCACACAAAGGGAAACGGAUGGAGAAGUUGUCCACCGAGGAGUUAAACUGCUUGGCUAUUCAAAUCCUGCGGGCAAUGGCAUUUUUGCAUAAAAACAAUGUUGCUCAUGGUGAUAUGAGGCCAGAACAUGUACUCCUCACGGCCCAAGGUGCAGUGAAGGUAGGUGGUUUUGGGGAAGACGAGCAUGCAGUUCGCGAACUGGCACAACUAUCGCAUGGUGUUAAUCUCACUUCGUCCUUAUCGGGACCCCGCCGUAACUCAGCUCCGGCUUCUAACUAUAAGCCCAAUCUGUGCAUUCGGAGAAGGGUUUCAGAGUUAAGCGUCCCUUAUCUUCCCCCCGAGAGAUUUUCGGGUCGCGGUGGCUUUCGCCGCCACACCUAUGCACGUCAGGAUAUCUCUGAGAUUAAAGCGGGAGAUAUAUGGGCAUGCGGCAUAAUCUAUAUGAUCCUACGGACCGGCAAACUCCUCUGGCGCAGCGCCCAGAGAGCCAAUCCUGACAAAUCUUUUGACGAUUACCUCCACUGUCGCAUGGAGAAAGAUGGCUAUAGUCCCAUGCUGGUUCUUGAAGAUCGUUGCCGCAAUGUGGUUUACGCGAUGUUACAUCCCGAUUUAGAGUCGAGAAUCACUGCAGCAGAGAUAUUGGGUUCUGAGUGGGCCCUUGGAGUUGCAGUUUGUGAGGUAGGGGAGAAGGGGUUGUGA